GCAGCGGGGUGAGGACGGGGAUCGGUUAAUAUUAUAUUCCGCCGGCAUCGCAGUGUGAGCACCAGAAACAGCCCAGAAAUUGCGCAGGCAUGAAGAGGUGGUGCGGCAGACAGAUUCGUCUUUAUUUUUUUCUGAUGUUCGAGAUCUUUGUUGAGCGUUGGGCAAUAACAGCUUCUCAGAGUACAGGUAAUGGCAUCUUUGCCAUUCAGCAUCAAAAUACAACAAAAUGCCUUGAAGUACGUUCCCCUAGAAUGAAAUUGGAACAUUGCAAUCAGCUAGAACAGGUUCAGCAAUGGAAAUGGGUGUCUGAGCAUCGGCUGUUCAAUAUUGGCACUAAAAAAUGUCUUGGCCUUGAUUCUUACAACAAGGAACAACCAUUAAAAAUGUUUGAGUGUGAUACAGAAGUUACAACCUUGUGGUGGCGCUGCAAAGAUAGCACACUAUAUGGCUCAUCCUCCUAUAAACUGACUGUCAAAAAUGAUUCUCCAACAGCGAGCAUUGAUGCAACUGAUGCAUGGAAACAAAGUGGUGAUGGCCAUGAUGUUUGUGAGCAACCAUUUCGUAAGAUCUACACAACUGGUGGAACUGCUCAUGGAAAACCCUGUGUCUUCCCAUUUAAGCACAGAAGAAAAUGGUAUUAUGAAUGCACUACCGACGGAAAUGGUGAUGAGGAAUGGUGUGCUACAACUGCUAACUAUGAAAAAGACAGAAAGUGGGGGAAUUGUUUGAAACCAGAUACUGAAUGCAAAACAUCCUGGAAGAAAGAUAGUGCAGAACAGACUUGUUACCAAUUUAACUUUCAGUCUCUUCUCCCUUGGAAUGAGGCCCGUCUUUCCUGUCAGAGUCAAGGAGGGGAUUUACUGAGCAUUGCUGAUCCAAAAGUACAAAAGUACAUUUCUGAGCAACCAAAUGUUCCAAAGAAAAUGUGGAUUGGUCUAAAUCAACUGAACAUGGCUGGUGGCUGGCAGUGGUCGGAUGGAACACCUCUAGUAUUUGUUAACUGGGACGAUGGUUUAUUAUACCAUCUUGAGGAAUCCAGCUGUGCUAGUAUGAGCUCUGAUUCUGAUGGUCGCUGGCAAACUAGCUCUUGUGAAGCUGCCCUACCUUUUGUAUGCAAGAAACUGCUCAAUCAGACGAUGGGUGAGACGAUUGAUCCUUGGAAGUACUCCAGUACAGAAUGUGAAGCUGGCUGGCUUCCAUUCAAUGGCUUCUGCUUUUACAUGAACACAAAAGAGUUGAAAUGGGAUGAUGCAAGCAGUUCCUGUAAAUCCACUGAAAGUCAACUGAUCAGCAUACAUUCAUUAGCAGAUGUGGAGCUGGUUGUCAGCAAGCUUCAUGAAGCUCACAGAGAUGAAGUGUGGACUGGGUUAAGAAGUAAUCAGUUCCCAGCUUUGUUCAAGUGGUCAGAUGGAUCUUCCGUGAUCUUCUCUUACUGGGACCAGGCUCAACCCAAUAUCAUCUAUAACACUACAAAACACUGUGUAUCCUAUACAGGAAAGUUGGGUCAGUGGAGGUUUGCAGACUGUGGCAGCAAACUAUCAUACGUUUGUAAAAAACCAGGCAGGAUUAAGAAUGAAACAGAUCUGCCUGAUGUAGGAUGCCCUCAGAGUGAGACCUGGAAAAGGCAUGGAAACUACUGCUACAAACUUGACUCGACAGAAGUAGAGUUUGAAUCAAAAUGUCAUCUUACAAUACAAAGCAGGUUUGAGCAAGAAUUUAUUAAUAGCCUGAUUGCAAAGUAUACCACAGAAAAUGGCAAGUACUUCUGGACUAGCUUUCAAGAUAGGAAUGUUACUGGAGAGUACACAUGGGUUACUACAUAUAAAGAGAAAAAGUCUGUAACAUAUACAAAUUGGAAUGAAUAUCAGCCAGCAUCUCCGGGUGGAUGUGUUGUUAUAGCCACAGGAAAAGCUCUCGGACGGUGGGAGGUCAGAAACUGUAACGAUUUCAAAGCAAUGUCCAUUUGUAAGAAGAGUAUUGGCAAUAACACAGAAACUGAGGAAACUCCGCCAACAGGUUCUUGCCCUCCUAGGUGGCAGACUAAUGCAGACCUUGAACACUGCUACAAGGUCUUUCAUCAUGAGAGGGUGGCACGAAAGAGAACAUGGGAGGAGGCUGAACGAUUCUGUGAGGCACUUGGAGCCCACUUGCCAAGUUUCAGUCACAAUGAUGAGAUGUUAUAUCUUCACAGCUUGCUGAGGAAAACAAUUACUGAUGAGCGUUGGUUUUGGGUUGGAUUAAACAAGAGAAAUCCAGAUUCCGAAGGCUCUUGGGAAUGGAGUGACAGCAGACCGGUUUCCUUGGUGCUGUUACCCUUUGAGUUUAAAGAAGAUGAUUACGCUGUCAGAGAUUGUGGUGCAUUUCAGACCCAGACACCUUUGUGGCAUCAUUUUAUGUUUGACAUCAGAAGGAAAUUUGAAUAUCACCUAAUGCCCUUUCACUGUGAUAUUAAACUUGAGUGGGUGUGUCAAAUACCUAAAGGGGCUAAAUUGAAGACGCCUGCCUGGUACAUUCCUGAUGGAGAGAAUAUUCAUGGGCCCACAGUUGUUAUUGAUGGUAAUGAGUAUUGGUUUGUGAACAACACCUUGUUAACUUACCAAGAAGCUGACCUAUAUUGUGCAAGGAAUGAGAGCAAAUUGGCUUCUAUAACAUCUAGACCUGCAAUAAAAAUGAUUAAAACUUAUCUACAAAGGCACUUCCCUUUAUUGCCAAAGUGGUGGGUAAAGAAAAUCAAUUACAAUAUGAUGGGCAGUCCAUUUUUCCAUUCCUCUUACUUAUACCAUCGAUUUCACUCCUUCCAUAACCGAUAUAGGGAUUGUUGGUUUAUAACUCCUCACCAUGUAAGGUGGAUUGAGCGUUAUGAAUUUGUGGACUGCUCCAGACGUCUUCCCUUCAUUUGUCAAAAGUUAAAUAUAUCAUCAUUAGAACCAUGGUCUUCAGAAACCAAUAUGUCAGGUACCCCAUGCACUGAUAGUUGGACCCCCUUUGGAGAUAAUUGCUAUUACUUUGUAAAACCACAAGCUCUCACGUGGGCAGCUGGAGCACGAAUCUGUCAGAGCCUCGGUGGGAACUUGCCGACUAUCGCCAAUUCUGUGGAACAAGAUUUUAUUGUAUCCCACUUAUCAUCGCUGCCACACAAAAUUUGGCUUGGUAUGCAGGCCUCGAAUAGAAUUGAAACCAACAAAUGGGUAACUGGAAGACCAGUUGAUUACACAAAUUGGCAGCCAUCAUUUGAGUUGGAAUUGGGCAUACUAGAUUUUGAUUUCUUUGAUAUAGAAAAACAAUGUGCUGUUCUACUAAAUGACCCACGCACAGCAUUUGUUGGAAAAUGGGAUAUGACAGCAUGUGAUGAUAAGCAGUUCAUUGCUGUGUGCCAGAAACAUCGAGAACAUUCCAUCAAUGAUAAGGUCAUUCAGCCUUUAAAUGACACAUUGAAUUUUCUCAACCAUACCUAUCUAAUAAUCAGGAAGAAUGUAACUUGGGAAGAAGCACUAACUGAGUGCCAGAAGAAAGGUAGCAAGUUGGUCAGCAUCACUGAACCCUACCAUCAAGCUUUCCUCACAGUUACUGUAAAUACUCUGGGAUAUCCAGUAUGGAUCGGAUUGUACAGUCAAGAUGAUGGGUUACACUUUCGCUGGUCAGAUGGAAGACACACAAUAUAUAGUCAUUGGAGCAGAGAUGAUUCUGCGCCUACAGACAACUGUGUGUACAUGGAUGUUGAUGGGUUCUGGAGAACUUUGGGCUGUGAUUCAGCUUUAGAAGGAGCUAUUUGCCAUACUCAGCAAAAAGAAUUAGCACCCGAAAAGCCUGAUGUUGAAACCGUGAGGUGCCCUCAUAAGGUUCAAGGACCAUUAUGGAUACCGUUCAGAAAUAAUUGUUAUGCUUUUCUACUUAAUUCUGAAAAGCCUAGGUCUUUCGAAGAGAGCACUGUCCACAGCAUGUGCAAGAAAUUGGAUUCGCAGUCCAAUAUUUUGACGAUUAGAAGUGAAGAAGAGAACAACUUUGUCACAGAACAACUUAUAAUUCACAGUUACCUAUAUAAAUGGGUAUGGCUAAGUGUUAGAUAUAAUGGCAAUCAUACGAUGUGGUACGAUGGUUCUUUCGUGCAAUAUUCAAACUGGCGCUCUGGAAGGCCUGACUUUCAGAGUGCACAGUACCAUUUUCUAGCAGCUGGCCUUGAUAUGGAUGGUUUCUGGCAUCAGUUUGACCAUCCUUUGCAGCGAGUACAAUUGAUAUUGCAAAGCAUUUUUGCUUGUAAAAUUGAAAAAGACCCUAACCCAAGCCACUUUGAACCUCCACCUACAAAGGCAGAAUAUGGAAGCCACAAGUACAUGUUAAUUCAGAACAAGGUGAAUUGGUAUGCAGCACUGCAACAAUGCCAAAUGUCUGGAUAUCAACUCGCCAGUGUCUAUAAUGAAUCUCAGCAUUUGUUCCUGAAGAGCUUGGUGAAGUCAGAUGGUUUUCCUCUUUGGAUUGGCUUGUUCAGUCAAGAUGAAGGAUCAACAUUCGAAUGGUCAGAUGGAAGCAAUCCAGAAUACAAGCCUUGGGAGUAUGGACAUCUUGAUUCAAUUGGCAAUUGUGUGUUUAUGGACACUAAAGGUUUCUGGAAACGUGCUAGUUGUGACAGCAUGAGUGAAGGAGCUAUAUGUUUUGCUUCGCAGAGUAGAAGAACGUUACCUAAUCAGCAGGAAAAAUACUCAAAAUUCUGCCCACAGAAAAAUGGGAAGUCGCCAUGGAUUAGAUUCAGAGAAUACUGCUACGCAUUCGACAUGGGUUUAUAUAACUGGUCUAUAUUUACCAUGGACGAAACCAAAUCCAUUUGUCAUCAGCUAGAUCCCUCUGCUACUAUCUUGAGUAUUAAGGACAGGGAAGAAAAUGAUUUUGUAACGAGACAAAUACAAGAAGAGCACGGAAUCACUGGACGGAUCUGGCUGGGAAUUGUUCAAAAUCGUAAAGAUAAAUCCUUACAGUGGCCAGAUGGUUCAAACCUUACCUUUGCUAACUGGAUUAAUACAAACCUCACAGUUCCAACUCAUGAUAAGUGUGCUGUUAUAUCAUCCAAAAAUGGGACAUGGAUUCUGACCAGCUGUUCCAAGAGUCAUAGCAGACUUGUUUGCAAGACUCCAAUGCGAUCCAGUCACAGAGUUGCAGCUUUAGUGAUAACAGUGAUUUUUAUCCUCCUGCUAAUUGUUGGAAUUGUGUGGUUUUUGUACAAAAGGAAUAAGUGGCGAUGGGCUAAUCCCUUUGGAACAGUGCACUAUGAACGUAGUUAUAAUGAUCCCACAGAUUCAGAUAGUACAGUUAUGAUCUCAGAACUUAAGGAAUUCCAUGACUGAAACUUACUGUUAUCUGUUACCAAAAUGCUGAAGAGGAUUUUCAUAACAUUGAUAUCCUUUGUCUAUAUUUUGAAAAAUUGCUAAAUAAUUUCAUUUAUAAAUAUUUCCUGACUUGCACUACUUACAUUUUUGAUAAACACUGCUACAUAGUUAUUACUCUGGCAGUUUACAGAGGUUGUGUUCUUUUGUGAAAUAUUUGCUUUAAAAACAUAUUUUUAUACUAUAUUAAGUAAACAUUCCAAUGUUGCAAAGAAUCAUAAUAUAUGCAAUGUCUUAACUGAAAAAAAACUUUUGCCAAUCAUGUUGCGAUAUCACGCAAUUGCUUAUGUGACAGACAUUUACUGAUGCCUCUGUAUAUCUGAAAGCCAUUGGAAAUUUUACAUUAACAAUGAAAAAUCAAAUGUGUGUAUAUUUUAAAGACCUUAAUAGUGUCAAAUGUGUUCAAAGCCAUAACAUAUAUUUGGGCUUUAGAUGACUUGUGUAAACUGGAAAAAAUUGCUAUUGUUUAUGAAAUCCUCCUUACUCUUUUUUUAUGUCAGUGCCUUGUAACUUCUUUUUCACAGCAGAACCUCAGUCAAGAAUUAGUUCUGAAUUGUCCUAUUAUCCACACAUAAUAUGAAUAUUAAUAAAUCACAUUAAGGUACACAUUGAGUGCUUAACUCUUUUUAAGGGUUGGGUUUAUUAAUGCAUACAAACAUAAGACUAUUGCUGUAUUUUCAACAGAUUGAAAUUGCUGUUUACAGUAAAACCAUCGCAAAAGCAAGGUUUGUUUUAAUUUUAAAAAUUGAAGUGUAAUCUAUAUGAAUGUUUUGGUAAUCUAGUCCUAAGAGGUUCUGCUGUGCUUCUAUUUGUGUGUACUUAGAGCUCCAUCUAUUACAAAUUUAGCAGUAGAGAUUAAUUAUUGUACUGUUUUUAAUUUGGGCAUUUGACAGAAACAAUUUCAAUUUAGUUAAUGUCAUAAUGCUCUUUUUGUGUGAGGGAAGAACAUAACUUGUUGCUUUGUACAUAUUUACAAAGUACAAAGGCCAAAAUGGCAUAGCAUUACUGGACUGUAUUGCUGAAAAUCCUUACUAAGAAUUAUUUUUUUAAAUCGUGUGAACCAAAUUUAAUAAUUGUAAUGUUGAAAAUUAAACAUCCAUAACAACAAAGUGCUCAAAUAGGCAAAUCAGUAUUACAAUUUUGCCAUUUCAUGCUUCUUUGAAAUGUAUAUAGAAUUCUUCAUUUUCAUUGCAAAAACUACCUAAUAAAACAUAACUGUUAUGAGGUCCAAACAGCCAAAGUUUUACAUGUAGGUUAGGAAGGGGAGUGGGUGGUGAUAUUUGAUCAACUCGACCUAUUUAUCUCUCUCAAAUUAAGCUGCAGAAAUUGGCAAAAAAAAGUAUCUUCAUUCCUUAUGUAAUAUUAAAUAGUCUUUGCUUUUAAAUUUAAUUUUGAUUGCACAGAUUUUACAGCAUUAAUGGCUCAAAACCAUUAGGUGGGUACUUUCAGAGCUAUGCAAUUGCGUUUGAAUAAUGUGUUUUUCAGUUUUUUUAAUACAUACUGGUAUUAUUGACAUUCUUUUCAUUCAAAAAAAAAACUUCAAGGGUGGAAUUUUACAGCAAUGGAAUUUUACCUUCCUGCUGAAGUCAGUGGAGUUUAGAAUGGCUCACCGCAUCAUGGCCCUGUGACUGCUGCCAUGGGGCCAUGAAAUUCUGGCCCAUGAUACGUAAGAGGUAGAGGUAGCUCAACAUUAAAUGCACUCUCAAUUAGGUACCAGAUUCAAAUUCCUCCAGGAUUUACAUGUUUUUGUGUAUUUCAUUUUGGGUGACAUUACUUCAUUCUCAAGUUGUAGUCCAGAAAAAUGUCUACAGUGGGGUGAUAUAUCUUUCAUCUCUAGGUCCUGGGCUGCAAUUCACCUUGGGAUGAAAGGCUCUUCUGCCCAGUAGGGCUGUUAUGCAAAAUGGUUUUAGGCAAUUGUAACACAAUUCCUAUAGUGAGUAGGUGAAACAGCACAAAAUUGCAUAGUACUGAGAGGCAGCAACAGUGGCGAAUGAACAAAAUGCUAGUCCACUGUAGGAGUGGUUGCUCCUUUGAAAUUUACAUUAAGGGAAAUGUAUUACACAUGUGACCUGUGCACAUGACUAUAGAGUGCUUUAUACUACUGCUAGGUAUCUGAGAUAAGGUGUUAUGUUUCCCAGAGGUGCUAUGCCUUCCCAGGAAGACAUUGGGGUAGUGGUAAUGUCACUGGACUAGUGAUCCAGAGGCCCAGGCUAAUGCUCUGGGUACAUGAGUUCAAAUCCCACCACGGCAGUUUCAAUUCAAUUAAUAAAAUCUGGAAUUAACAGCUAGUCUCAGUAAUGAUGACCAUUAAAGCAUUAUUGGUUGUUGUAAAAACCCAUCUGGUUCACUAAUGUCCUUUAAGGAAGGAAAUAUGCUGUCCUUACCCAGUUUGGCCUACAUUUGACUCUUAACGGUCCACUGAAAUGGUGGGCAAGGAUGGGUAACAAAUGCUGGCCUUGGUAGUGACACCCACAUCUCAUGAAAGAAUGAAAAAAUGCUAACUACACACUCUCACCUUGGGGAGUACCAAGAUUCACCAAAUAAGCUUGCCCUGUGUUUAUUGUGCAGUAUUUGGGGAGCUGUAUCUUUGGUGAUUAUGGAGAAAUCUGUGAUACAAAUAAUUCUCCCCGUGCAGAUUGGUGCAUAGAGAAAAUGGAGAGCAAAAUAUUUUCUGAAGUAUGGACGUAUAAAUGUAAAUUUAUUCUUGCUCUGCUAAGCAGACUUAUUUGUCAAAUAGUGUUCUUGUAAAAUGUCUUUGUAUGUAUACGUGUUCUAAACGUGCCUUUUGCUGUUAAUAGGAGCUGAGAGAUUAACUGGGAGCAAAAAGUCAUGAUUUGUGAAAAUUAUUUUAGUGUGGACUGCUCUGUUUCACAUACUGAUCAUGCAUUUUACCACAACCGUGAGUUAUUAAAAGCAGCACGUGUUUAA